UCCCAGAGAAAUUCAGGGAAUGAAAGUUUUGGGCGGCAAAUCUGCUCUCUGCCUUUUUGAUCUCAGAUCCUUUUGCUGGUUAUAUAUAUAUAUUUUUCAUUUUUUUCCUGCUUUUUUGCAACUAAAGAGGGCAUGUGCAGCGGUUCCGCCAGCAGCAUCUAUCCCUCCUGCUCCCAUCAGGAAGGCAAACCGAGGACAAUCUUGAAAUAUAAAAAUUUCCUCCUUGGGAUUUGCUGCUGCUGCCUCCACUGCCGCUGCAGCGGUGCAGUGCCAAGACUCGGAAUAAAUAAGAGCGGGCUACUGUGUAUACUGUGUGUAUAUCUAUCUCCAUACAGCUCUAGGUAUUAUUAGUUGGUCAUUUAUUUCGAAGAUCACAGAUGAGGUGGGGACACCUAUCUUCUUCGUUUGAUCAGCGUGUGAAAUAAUCAUAAAAGGAGGGAAAUGGGGGAGAAAAAAAUCCUAAUAUGAAACGGAAGGAAUAAUAAUUAAACAAACCCUAGAUCUAAAUCCCACUCGGAUCCCCCUCCCUCCACGCACGCACACUGCCCUCAGUAUUUUGAGAGGAGGAGGUGGUGGUUUCUAAAGGAGGAAGUGGUAUUGGGGGGGAUCUCUUUCCCCAUUUGGAGAUGAUUGUGCUAUUCCUCCUUGCCUUGCUCUGGAUGGUGGAGGGAGCCCUUUCUCAGCUUCACUACACGGUGCAAGAGGAGCAGGAGCAUGGCACGUUCGUGGGGAAUAUCGCCGAGGACCUGGGCUUGGACAUUACAAAACUUUCGGCUCGCCGCUUCCAAACGGUACCCAACUCUCGGAGCCCUUACCUAGAGCUCAACCUGGAGACUGGGGUGCUGUACGUGAACGAGAAGAUCGACCGGGAGCAGAUCUGCAAGCAGAACCCCCCUUCCUGCCAGCUGCACCUGGAGGUCUUUUUGGAGAACCCCCUCGAGCUGUUCCGGGUGGAGAUCGAGGUGCUGGACAUCAACGACAAUCCGCCCUCCUUCCCGGAGCCCGACCUGACCGUGGAGAUCUCCGAGAGCGCCACGCCGGGCACCCGCUUCCCACUGGAGAGCGCCUUCGACCCGGACGUGGGCACCAACUCGCUGCGCACCUACGAGAUCACCCCCAACAUCUACUUCUCGCUGGACGUGCAGACCCAGGGCGACGGCAACCGCUUCGCCGAGCUGGUGCUGGACAAGCCCCUGGACCGCGAGCAGCAGGCGGUGCACCGCUACGUGCUGACCGCGGUGGACGGGGGCCAACCCCAGCAGCGCACCGGCACCGCCCUGCUCACCAUCAGGGUGCUGGACUCUAAUGACAACGUGCCCGCCUUCGAGCAGCCCGUCUACACCGUGUCCCUGCCGGAGAACUCGCCGCCGGGCACCCUGGUGCUGCAGCUCAACGCCAGCGACCCGGACGAGGGCCAGAACGGCGAGGUCAUCUACUCCUUCAGCAGCCACAUCUCGGCGCGGGCCCGGGAGCUCUUCGGCAUCUCGCCGCGCACCGGGCGGCUGGAGGUGAGCGGCGAGCUGGACUACGAGGAGAGCAGCGUGUACCAGGUGUACGUGCAAGCCAAGGACCUGGGCCCCAACGCCGUGCCCGCCCACUGCAAGGUGCUGGUGCGGGUGCUGGACGCCAACGACAACCCGCCCGAGAUCAGCUUCUCCACCGUCAAGGAGGCGGUGAGCGAGGCGGCCUCGCCGGGCACGGUGGUGGCGCUGUUCAGCGUCUCGGACCGGGACUCGGAGGAGAACGGGCAGGUGCAGUGCGAGCUGCUGCAGGGCGACGCGCCCUUCCGCCUCAAGAGCUCCUUCAAGAACUACUACACCAUCGUCACCGAGGGGCCGCUGGACCGCGAGCAGCCGGGCGGCGACGCCUACACCCUCACGGUGGUGGCGCGGGACAUGGGCGAGCCGGCGCUGAGCACCAGCAAGUCCAUCCAGGUGCGGGUGAGCGACGUGAACGACAACGCGCCGCGCUUCAGCCAGCCCCUCUACCAGGUCUAUGUGAGCGAGAACAACGUGCCGGGCGCCUACAUCUACGCCGUGAGCGCCACCGACCGGGACCAGGGCGCCAACGCCCAGCUCGCCUACUCCAUCCUGGAGAGCCAGAUCCAGGGCAUGUCCGUCUUCACCUACGUCUCCAUCAACGCCGAGAACGGCUUCCUCUACGCCCUGCGCUCCUUCGACUACGAGCAGCUCAAGGAGUUCAGCUUCCAGGUGGAGGCGCGCGACGCGGGCGAGGAGCCCCAGCCCCUGGCCGGCAACGCCACCGUCAGCAUCAUCGUGGUGGACCAGAACGACAACGCGCCCGCCAUCGUCAGCCCCCUGCCCGGCCGCAACGGCACCCCGGCCCGGGAGGUGCUGCCGCGCAGCGCCGAGCCCGGCUACCUGGUGAGCCGGGUGGCGGCGGUGGACGCGGACGACGGGGAGAACGCGCGCCUCACCUACAGCAUCGCGCGGGGCAACGAGGCCAGCCUCUUCCGCAUGGACUGGCGCACCGGGGAGCUGCGCACCGCGCGCAAGGUGCCGGCCAAGCGCGACCCCCAGCGGCCCUUCGAGCUGGUGAUCGAGGUGCGGGACCACGGGCAGCCGCCGCUCUCCUCCACCGCCGCCAUCCAGGUGGUGCUGGUGGACAGCGCGGUGGAGCGCCAGGGAGGCGGCGGCCUGGGCGCGGGGGGCGGCGGCGGCGGGGAGGCGGGAGGGGAGCAUCGCCCCAGCCGCUCCGGGGGCGAGACCUCGCUGGACCUGACCCUCAUCCUAAUCAUCGCCCUGGGCUCCGUGUCGUUCAUUUUCCUGCUGGCCAUGAUCGUGCUGGCCGUGCGCUGCCAGAAGGAGAAGAAGCUCAACAUCUACACCUGCCUGGCCAGCGACUGCUGCCUGGGCUGCUGCUGCUGCUGCCCCUGCUGCAGCCGCCAAGCCCGGGCCCGCAAGAAGAAGCUGAGCAAGUCAGACAUCAUGCUGGUGCAGAGCUCCAACGUACCCAGUAACCCGGCCCAGGUCCCCGUGGAGGAAUCGGGCAGCUUCGGAUCCCACCAUCACAACCAGAACUAUUGCUACCAAGUCUGCCUCACUCCGGAGUCAGCCAAGACCGACCUGAUGUUCCUCAAGCCCUGCAGCCCAUCCCGGAGCACUGACACUGAGCACAACCCCUGCGGGGCCAUAGUGACAGGUUACACGGACCAGCAGCCAGACAUCAUCUCCAAUGGCAGCAUAUUGUCCAACGAGACAAAACAUCAGCGUGCAGAGCUCAGUUAUCUAGUUGAUAGACCCCGACGGGUAAACAGUUCUGCAUUCCAGGAAGCAGACAUAGUAAGCUCUAAGGACAGUGGUCAUGGAGACAGUGAGCAAGGAGACAGUGAUCAUGAUGCCACUAAUCGAGGUCAAUCCUCUGGCAUGGAUCUCUUCUCCAAUUGCACAGAGGAAUGUAAAGCACUGGGCCACUCGGAUCGGUGCUGGAUGCCCUCCUUUGUCGCAUCCGAUGGACGCCAGGCUGCAGAUUAUCGCAGCAAUCUGCAUGUGCCCGGUAUGGACUCUGUUCCAGACACUGAAGUGUUUGAAACACCAGAAGCCCAGCCUGGAACAGAGAGGUCCUUUUCCACCUUCGGCAAGGAGAAGGCCCUUCACAAUACUCUGGAGAGGAAGGAGUUGGAUGGACUGCUGACUAAUACACGAGCGCCUUACAAACCACCAUAUUUGAAGUUCAUUAAUGAGAACAGAGUACAAGAACAGUUAAAUGGGGAUGAAGAAAGAAGUGUUGUCUGAGAUAAAGACUGGGAGCCAGGAAUUCUUGAGCGCGGAAAAGGAUAUGCUAGUCAAUUCUACAGGACUUACCUGAAGCAGCAUGAUUUGCACAAAAGUCGACCAACAAAAAGCAUCAACUUUUCAACUUCAUUAUCUUGGCCAUCCAGUUCUAUGUAACUGAAGGAUUUGUGUGCUGUUGGAGACAUCAUGGCCAACAAUAGGACCUAAUUGCUCUCAGCAGGCCUGAGAAAUGAGUUGAAAUGUGUGGAACUGUAGAAACUUCAGAGGCAACUGAUCUUGCCUUUCUGAUCAGUGUGUGCCUGUUUACAGCACUAUAUAUCUUUCUCUCUCCAAAAUGUCACUGAGCCCUUUAGAUGUUUAUAUUCACCACAAGAAGCCAAUCAUACAGAUAAAAGAAACGUGCAUUAUAAAUGCAAUAUCACUGUUUUAAACUUGACUGUUUUAUAUUAUUUUUGUGUGAUCAAGUGUUCCCCAAACUAUUCCAACUUUACAAGAGAGAUUGUGAUCAUAAUCUUUUCACCCGUGGGUCAUAAAAAUGUUGUUAAUCUGCAGACCUACAAAAUAUCAAAGACAUUCUGUAGUUUAUACACGUGUUGCAAAGUGUUUACUGUACUCUU